UCUGACGUUAAUAAAUAUGAGUAAUAUUUAAAUAAAAGGUUUUGAUUAGUUUAGUUUUAGUUUCCAUUGGCAAAAUGACAUCUUUCGUGUGUUUAAAAGAUUUCGAGAAUGAGGCUUUUAAGGUCAUUGAAAAGACGGCUUUGGAUUAUUAUCGUAGUGGAGCAGGCGAUGAAUUUACUUUGAAUUUAAAUAGAAAAGCCUUUAACAGAAUACGUAUAAGACCGCGAUGUUUGCGUGAUGUUUCUCAGUUAGAUGCAAGUUGCCAGAUCUUUGGCAAGCAUCUCCGAUGGCCUGUGGGAAUAGCACCAACGGCUAUGCAAAAGUUAGCCCAUCCAGAUGGUGAAGUAGCGAAUGCUAAGGCCGCAGGCAAAAUGGGCUCCGUUUUUAUACUAAGUACCCUAUCCACGACGUCGAUUGAAGAAGUUGCUCAGGCGGCCCCCAACACGUAUAAAUGGUUUCAGUUAUAUGUUUAUAAAAAUCGUUCCAUAACAGAACAGCUUGUAAGGCGUGCGGAAAAGGAAAAUUUCAAAGCUAUUGUGCUUACCAUAGAUGCUCCAAUUUUUGGUCAACGCUGGGCUGAUAUACGCAAUAAUUUUAGUUUACCACCGCACUUGUGUUUGGGAAAUUUUGUCACCAAAUCUACGCAAUCAGAUGGCGUGCGAGGUGAAGCGGGUACUUCUGGUAUCAAUAAAUACGUAACCAGUCAAUUUGAUGCGGCUCUCACCUGGAAAGAUGUUGAAUGGUUAGUUAAGCUAACACAUUUGCCGGUCAUUGUUAAAGGUGUCCUUACCGCUGAAGAUGCAAUUAUGGCUCAGGAAUUUGGUUGCGCCGGUAUAAUUGUUUCAAACCAUGGUGCGCGGCAGUUAGAUCAUGUGCCUGCCUCAAUUGAAGCUUUGCCUGAGGUUGUUAAAGCGGUCGGCGAUAAAUUGCCGGUUAUGUUAGACGGUGGAGUCAGACAAGGAAGUGAUAUAUUUAAAGCUUUAGCUUUGGGUGCCAAGAUGGUUUUCGUAGGUCGCCCAGCUCUAUGGGGUUUAGCUUGUGAUGGCGAAGCCGGUGUCAGAGGUAUGCUUGCUGUGCUCAAAAAAGAUUUCGAAGAUACUCUAGCAUUAAGUGGUUGCCGUUCUUUAGAAGAUAUAAAACGUAGUAUGGUAGCGCAUCAACUAGAGUACGCGAAUUUGUAAUUUUUUCAUCUUUUCUAAUUAAUUUUCUUAACGUUCUUUCUUAUUAGUAGUCACACUUUAGUAGCACUGCUUGAUUGCCAUUUUUAAACUUAAAAAGAUCAUAUUGACCCACUAUAUAGGGCUAUCCUAUCCUAUCACAUAAAAAAUGCGUUUGCGUUUACUAAAUUUAGGUAAAACCGUUAGAAUCACUAAGAAAUAAGUAAGACAAUAAAUAACAUC